UUUCUGAAGGGGGAAGACCAAACGGCACGCCGAUCCCAGAAGGGUUGGAGACGACGCGAUACGGUCACCGCGCGGCUCCCCGGUCUAUCGCCGCCUCCUUUGUGUCCGUUGCAGAGAGCCACGCGGAGGGAGUCGUCGUGGCUCCACACGGGUUCCAGAGCCUCUCUCGCCGGAACAUCCCCUCCUCCUCCUCCUCCUCCUCCACCGCCUCUCCUCCGCCCCGUUCCCGAACGCACCGCGAAUCCCCUGCUCCUCCUCCUCCUCUUCCUCUCCCGUUCUGGCAGCAGAACUGGUUCUUGGCCCUCCUCCUCCUGAUGUCUCUCUCCUUCUUCGCUCUCGCCCUCUUCCUCUACUUGGGCCUCGAUGUCCCCGAGGCCUCCUUCUCCCCCGCCUCCGCCGCCGCCUCCGAGGGCGUCAAGAUAACCUAUGGGAGCGUGAUCAAGCUGAUGCACGAGAGAACUAAGUUCCGGCUGCACUCGCAUGAGGUUCCGUAUGGGUCGGGGAGCGGGCAGCAGUCGGUUACGGGGUUUCCCAAUGUCGAUGAUUCCAAUAGCUAUUGGAUUGUGAAGCCUCUGCCGGAUUCAUCUGCUAAACAAGGUGAUUCCAUACCAAAUGGAACGAUCAUACGAUUGCAACAUAUGAGAACUCGAAAAUGGCUGCAUAGCCACUUGCAUGCUUCGCCUAUAACUGGUAAUAUGGAGAUUAGCUGUUUUGGAGGUGAUGGCGAGUCAGACACUGGAGAUUACUGGCGGCUUGAAAUUGAGGGGAAUGGGAAAUCCUGGAGACAAGACCAGAGAGUAAGGUUGCGACAUGUUGAUACUGGUGGUUAUCUACACAGUCAUGACAAGAAAUACUCUCGUAUAGCCGGCGGGCAGCAAGAGGUCUGUGGUGUUAGAGAAAAGCGUCCUGACAACAUCUGGUUGGCAGCAGAGGGUGUCUAUCUUCCAGUAAAUGGAAGCAAGUAAACAAUCACUUCAUUUUGCCGAAGUUGCAAUGAGGUGCUGAUAGCCAAACAGGACAGUUAUCAAAGUGCCAUUACUGGUGAAGCUUCUGUUGCUGAUGUAGUAACUAAUACUCUUAUACGUCGAGAUGGUGAUAGAUAUUUGUAUCAACCUUCUGAAUCAGACUAAGCUUAUACCAAUUAGUCAGGUGCAAUAGAACCCUUCUUGUGACACAGUAGUUACUGUUCUAUGUAUUUUGCUUUGUUUUUGAUGUCUGCUAUUUACCAAGCUAGUUGAUCGUUA